AUGCCAUUGCGAGCUUGCGAGAAGUAUGAGAAGCUAGUAGAAGAUUUGAUACUUCGAAAGGAGCCUCCUCCUACGUUGGAAGAAGUCCGUGUCUGUUUCAAGCGUGUCGGUCUGCUAAUAGGGACGUUGUCUCGGAAGAACCUCCUUCACAUGGCCUGCCGCAAUCGUCACAUAACGGACGCUUCGAUUGUCACGUUUCUCAUUCGCAAGCGACCUUGGAGUCUCCGUCUGGUAGAUGAUGAUGAUAUGGGCGAGCUUCCCCUUCAUGCGGCAUGUCGAGUUGGCGCUUCGUUGUCCGUCAUUCGAGUAUUGGUUCACAAUUAUCCCGGAGCAUUGCGGCGUCGCUGUCGAGGCGGUCCUCUUCCCCUACAUGUCGCUGUCAAGUGGAGUUCUACGUCACUCCAAACCAUUCAAUUCUUACACGAACAGUAUCCAUCGGCGAUUCAAAAGCCAUUUUAUGCCCAACAACACAAUGCGCAGAACAAUUCAACCACGCACUCGUCCCUGCUUCAUGUCGCCAUUCGAUAUCAGUGUGGCCCCUACAGAUUUCGAGAGGAGGAUACUGGUGACGGUGAUGCCAUUGUCCAAUAUAUUGCCAAAAUGUACCCCCAGGCACUGCUGAUUCCCAGCCAAGACAACCACCGUUUACCCCUUCAUGCCGCUUGCCAUGGCCGGUAUUCAGUGGAGACCAUUCGGUGCUUGAUCCAACUUGGUGGUCCCAAAAGUUUGCUUUGGAGGGACAAAAAUGGCAGGACUCCUCUCCAUCUAGCUGUCUGUUCUUGGGGAGGUAAUUGCAAGAGUAAUAUGGAGGUGGUGGAUUGUCUCAUGCAGGAAACCGCAUUGCUAGCUCCAACCGUCAUGAUUCUGCAGGAUUGUCUCCAGGGACAGUACACGGCAAGUCUGGAAGCUGUCCAGCUCCUGGCUCAAAAGUACCCACAAGUUGUCACCCAACUGGAUGAUGAUCAACGAGGGGAAUUGCCCUUGCACGCCGUGUGUCGGCUCCAGCCAUUUCACUGCUUGCAGUAUGUGCAGGCACUGGUACAGGCAUUCCCCAUGACUGUGCUCCAACCGUCGUCAAGGAGUGAUGGAAUGACGCCUUUGGAUGUCUUGAAUUCCGAUAGUGUCCAACCCAAACUGGUGCAUGGUGACGACGACGACGACAAUAAUGACAAUUAUGGUUGUGAAGCUACGAGGCAGUUUUUGCAAGAGUGCAUGAGGGCUCGAUAUGCCGAUCUCCUGGGUCAAUCCACAGACCUUCUUGUUGUGCCACGGCAUUUGCUCAUGGAACAUGUAGUACCUUUUCUAAUUUGA